AUGAAUGAUAUUUAUAGUAUGAUGUUUAUUGUACCUAAAUUAAAAUAUUAUCGAAUAUCACUUUUUAAACAUUAUAAUCAUCAUCAAAUUACCCUACCAAUUGCAAGGUACAAUGAAUCUAGUUCUUUACAAUAUCUUAUCAUCGAUCAUGAAUGUUCAUUCAGUGAACUUUUACUUUUACUUUCAUAUACACCACAACUUAUUCGUUUGACAAUUCAUAAAAUUUAUUUCAAUGAUUCGGAUAAUAAAAUGUUUACAUCAAUUAAAUUAUCAAAUAUAAAUUCCAUCUAUUUAAAUUUACAAAGAAUUACAUUUAGUCAAAUGGAAAUAUUCAUUAUCAAAACCACUUCAAAUUUGAAACGCUUGUUUGUAAUGAUAAAUUCAGAAAAUAUUAUAUUUCGUAGUGCUUAA